GCCCGUUCAAGCGGUGCCGCAUCGCGCACGAAACCCACCGGGCGCUCCUCCCAACACACGCGCACCACCCCAACGAGGCCGCGCUGCCGAGUCCCGCCCGUCUCGCUGCCCCUUCGUCGUCGUCUGAUCGCCAUCGCCUCCUCUAGAAAACACGCGGUCCACGCUCCGCUCCAAAUCCCAUCGCCGUUAAUCUCGGGACCACCCUCUCGCCUCAGCGGCUCUCACCCCCCGUUGCGGCCGCCGCGCGAAGCAGAGCAGCCAUGACCGGCUCCGAGCAGCGCGUCGUCGCCGUCAUCAUGGUCGGCGGCCCCACCAAAGGGACGCGUUUCCGGCCGCUGUCGCUGAACGUGCCGAAGCCACUCUUCCCGCUCGCCGGCCAGCCCAUGGUGCACCACCCCAUCUCCGCCUGCCGCCGGACCCCAAACCUGGUACAGAUAUACCUCAUCGGGUUCUACGAGGAGCGGGAGUUCGCGCUCUACGUCUCGUCCAUCUCCAACGAGCUCAGGAUCCCCGUCAGGUAUCUAAGAGAGGAUAAGCCACACGGGUCGGCCGGAGGGCUCUACAGCUUCAGGGAUUACAUCAUGGAGGACAGUCCGUCACACAUAGUUUUGCUGAACUGCGACGUCUGUUCUAGCUUCCCCCUGCCAGACAUGCUAGAGGCCCAUAAAAAGUAUGGAGGAAUGGGUACUUUACUAGUCAAUAAGGUAUCUGCAGAGUCAGCAAACCAAUUUGGCGAGUUGGUAGCUGAUCAUGAAACAAAUGAACUGCUACACUAUACGGAAAAGCCAGAGACUUUUGUGAGUGAUCUCAUAAAUUGUGGAGUAUAUAUUUUUACUCCCAAUAUCUUUAGCGCCAUUGAGGAUGUCUUAAAACAGAAGAAAGACAGAGCAAAUUUGCGCCGUGUAUCCAGCUUUGAAGCUCUUCAAUCAGCAACCAAGGCACUUCCAGCAGACUAUGUUAGGUUAGAUCAAGAUAUUUUAUCCCCUCGAGCGGGAAAGAAGGAGCUUUACACAUACCAGACACUUGAUUUCUGGGAACAGAUCAAGACCCCAGGGAUGUCUUUGAGAUGCUCUGGGCUAUAUCUUUCACAGUUCCGCCGUACCUCUCCUCAUCUUCUAGCCUCAGGAGAUGGCAAAAGGACUGCCACUAUUGUAGGUGAUGUGUACAUUCAUCCAUCUGCGAAGGUGCAUCCAACUUCAAAGAUUGGUCCCAAUGUCUCAAUAUCAGCAAACGCACGCAUUGGAGCUGGUGUCCGGCUUAUCAGUUGCAUAAUUCUGGAUGACGUUGAAAUCAUGGACAAUGCAGUUGUUAUACAUUCAAUUGUGGGGUGGAAGUCAUCCAUCGGAAAAUGGUCACGUGUACAGGGUGAAGGUGACCACAACGCCAAACUUGGUAUCACUAUUCUUGGUGAAGCCGUUGAUGUUGAAGAUGAAGUAGUUGUAGUUAACAGCAUCGUGCUCCCAAAUAAAACUCUUAAUGUCAGUGUGCAAGAGGAGAUCAUCCUAUAACAGUUCUCAUUUUUUUUAGUUUUAUCCCAAAUAAGGUCUUAAUACCAAUUAUGUAGUUUCUAUUUAUUCAUUCCCACCAUGUAAGCUUCCAUUAGAUUGAGAUUAUUAGUCUUGUGUUUAUACCCAUCUUGAGGUGUGAUACGAUGCAGGUAGCGAGUGUGGUGAACUGGUGAUGUCGACAAUGUACAAACAGGUUACACUAUUUUUGUUGAGAAUGAACACUUCAUUAUCAAAUCUACUUCAAUUUUUGUGAA